CCCUCAAAUUUAAACUUUUUUUUUAAAAAAAAAAACCACGAGAUUUGUAUAACUUAAGUUUUACGUUUUAUAAAAUAAAUGACAAUUUCAGCAGAACUUGAGCUUGAGUCUAUAAUGAUGGUUUCACCACGAAGAAAAUUAGAAAAUAAUUUGAGAAAAUUAUUGGAAGAUGAAAGAUUUUUUGAUAUUACUUUAAAAUGUUCAGAUAGUCUUACAUUACGUGCGUGUAAAAAUAUUUUAGCCGUUCGUUCUGAAGUAUUUAAUGACCUUAUCUUUGAUAAUGUCGAUAAACCAAAAAAACAACUUGAAUUUAAUAAAAUUGAUUCAGUGGCGAUGAAAUAUAUAUUAGAAUAUUUAUACACUUCUGAGAAUGAACGAGAAACGUUAAGAAAAAAUAAUGUGAUAGAAAUUUAUUUUUCAUCAAUUUAUUUUAAACUUAAUGAAUUACAAAAAACUAUAAUUGAAUUUACAGAAAAAAUUUUAAGAAAUGGAGAUGAGGAAUUAGGAAAAGAUCUUUUAACAAGUUAUAUUGAAAAAUUUUCUUUAGAAGCGGAUAAUGAUAUGGCCAAUCUUUUAGUUAAUUGGGUAGCUAAGAUACAAUUAUUACCCCAUGAAGCUGAUAGAGAUUUAUUAUCAUUGACAGCAUUACAUUAUCUAUUGAAGAAAACAUAUUGUACCGAUAAGUCAUUUGGAACUUAUGAGCUUACACUUUUUGAAUAUACUCUUGUCAAGGCGAAAUAUACUGUAUUAGAGGAAAAAAUUGGUUUGAAAAAGGAUCCAUAUGACAUGAAAUAUGAUUCAAAUGUAAUCGAAAGAAUUAAGGAACGUUUAACGCCCUUACUUCCUUAUAUUGAUUUACGUAUAAUAGAUCCUGAUGAGAUUGUAAAUAAACUUGAACCUUUAUUUCCAUCGGAAAUGAUUACAGACGCUUAUCGUUUCAAAAUAGAAAAGAAGCAUGAAAAAUUACAACCUAUGCGUGGAAGGUUAAUCUUUAAGUGGAAAAACUUUGGGAAAGAUCUUUGGCAAGCUGAGAAUAGGUUAUACAUAAGUAACAAUGGAUUUACCGUAGGAGCUGAUUCUAAACUUAAAAACUACAAAUCUAUCAUGGGAGAUUUAACUAUUAAAGGGAAAGGAAUUCAUAGAUGGGAUAUUUUAGUUGUAAACUUGAAUGAUACCAUUUAUAUUGGAAUAUGUGGUUUUGAAGAGGAAUUUAAUAAACCUGGUGAUAAAGGGUUUCAUGGAUGGGCCCUCGGUUCUGAUGGGUAUAUUUAUAAUAAGAGAGAUUGGAAAUGGAAUAGUUCUGUAUAUAAGAUAGGUGAUGUUAUUAACAUUAUUGUUGACAUGGACUCUAAUCAUUGUUAUUUUGGUGUUAAUAAUAAUAUUCGGUAUGAAAAUUUUGGUCAUUCAUUCCCUGAUGAAAUUUACCCCUUUGUUUCUCUAAAAAGAGGUAGUAAAUUACGUUUAAUAUCAUAUUAAUCAUAUUAAUAAUGAACAAAUAUUAUAUAUAAUUAUAUAAAUUUAUAUAUAUAUAUAU